UCGGCUUUAUAAGCGCAGUGAGCACCGGGGACAGCAUCAGCCUGCCAGACCUGCAGAGAACCUGAACCUCCAAGAUCCGUCUCAUCCUUCUCAUCUCUCCGCCUCCAUCCAGAGUCAGAAAUCUCUUCGACAUGAACGGCCACUGCAACUUAAAGGUCAACGACACCGCGGAGGAGUUCCUCUGCAACAACAAGGGCUUCAGCGAGCUCAUCAUCGACUCCAAGAAGUCUGUCGUGCACCGCAAGCACGAGACGUCCCGCAAGGAGGCCGAGGACAAGUCCCGCUUACCUGCGCUGGAGGCCGCCUACACCAGCAUCCUCCGGGAGCUCGGGGAGGACACGGACCGGCAGGGGCUGCUGCGCACGCCGCUGCGCGCCGCCAAGGCUAUGCAGUUCCUCACCAAGGGCUACCACGAGACCAUCGACGACAUCUUAAACAACGCCAUAUUCGAUGAAGACCACGAUGAGAUGGUGAUUGUGAAGAACAUAGACAUGUUUUCACUGUGUGAACAUCACCUGGUGCCAUUUUUUGGAAAGGUUCACAUCGGGUAUAUUCCCAACAAAAAAGUGGUGGGACUGAGCAAGCUGGCAAGGAUUGUGGAGAUCUACAGUCGGAGGCUUCAGGUUCAAGAGCGUCUUACUAAGCAGAUUGCAGUGGGAAUAUCAGAGGCUCUGCAGCCAAAAGGUGUAGCUGUGGUUAUUGAAGCAGCGCACAUGUGUAUGGUGAUGCGUGGUGUCCAGAAGAUGAACAGCCGCACAGUGACGAGCACUAUGCUGGGAGUUUACCUGGAGGACCCCAAAACCCGGGAGGAGUUUCUGGCUCUUUCACAAAGCAACUAACUCCCAUCAUUCACACCCCAGGGCCUCUGUAUUACAGUAGCACACAGAAAGCUCCAGAAUAACAGCAGAUCUGCAUCAGACUUUUGGGGAAAAACGACAAACCAAUUGCAGGAAAUGUAAAUCUGCUGUUUGAUGCAGAAUCCAACAAACUCUGGAGCUCACCUCAACACACUCAACGCCUGAAUCCAUCACUGUGAACACAAUAGGACAUAUAAUGCUCACAUUCUGGGUGCCUUUGGUAGAUAUUUUACAGUCUUACAAUAUUGCAAUAUUAUUGUUAUCAAGUAUGAAACCUGAUGUUGUAACAUGUCAACACUAAUAAGAUUCUCACCGUUUUAUGUUAUGGGAAUUGUAUUGGUGCUUAUGCAAAGUGGUACUUACUGCUUUAUUUUCCUAUUUAGGAUUCACUGAUAAUUUAAUAAUUUAAAUGAUCAAUGUGUCAUUUAUAGAUGCAUUUAUAAAGUCUUUGUAAUAUAUGACAUUUCUAAGAUAAAAAAUUAUUAUAUCUGAAGUCCAAAGAGUAGAGUAAAAUGAUGUGCUAAAUAUGAUUUUGGUUUGUAUCAAUGACAUUGUAGCAUUUAUUUUAAAAUGUUUUUGCCUAAAUAAAAUGAU